UGUUUACUUUACUUCGACUUAAUCGACUUUGUAAUUGUGUGUCUUCUUGGUUUUUGCGCAAAAUUUUUGCUUUUUUAACCCAGAGCCUCUCCAUAACAGUCCCCCCGUGUUUGUAGUGACCAUGCUCCUCGAUUACAUAUCAAAAAGAAUGAAGUUUGACAUUAAAUUCUCUCCGUAAAGUUUUUGUUCCAUAGUUUUCAUUUUGCACCAGGAUGAAUUCGAACAGCUUACCAGUAUCUGCUUUGCUAAAGAGCAAAGAUGAGAUUCUGGACGAAGAGCCGAAGAAGAAAUCUCGAGAGGAUUGGCGUAAAGCUAAAGAGUUAGAGGAGGCCCGAAAAUUGGGUACUGCUCCAGCCGCCGUUGACGAAGAAGGUAGGGAUAUCAAUCCACACAUUCCUCAGUAUAUUUCAGCUGCGCCAUGGUAUUAUGGCACUGCAGGUCCUACGUUGAAGCAUCAGCGUAUCCAACCAGACCAGAAAAAAGAGUUCUCCCAUCUUGAUGAGUGGUACAAACGAGGGACGAACUCUGAAUCGGUUGCAAUCAAGUACCGUAAAGGAGCUUGUGAAAACUGUGGUGCUAUCACUCACAAGAAAAAAGAUUGCAUGGAAAGACCUAGAAAAAUAGGUGUCAAAUAUACAAAUGCUAAUAUUGCACCUGAUGAGUUUGUUCAACCUGUGUUAAAGCAAGAUUUUGAUGGUAAACGAGACAGAUGGGCUGGCUACGACCCAGCUCAGUAUCAUACUAUUGUUGAACAGUAUCAAAAAGUUGAAGAAGCAAAGCGAGAACUUAGAGCCCAAAGCCUAGCUGAAAAAGAGGAGGAAGAAGCAGGUGAAGAACAUGAUGAAGAUAAAUACGUAGAUGAAGUGGAUAUGCCUGGAACCAAAGUAGACAGCAAGCAACGGAUCACGGUGCGUAAUUUGCGAAUUCGAGAAGAUACAGCUAAGUAUCUGAGAAACCUGGAUCCGAAUUCUGCUUACUAUGAUCCCAAAACCAGAUCUAUGCGAGAAAAUCCACUACCAGGUAAGGAAGACCCUGAAGAAAGUGAAUUUGCGGGUGAAAAUUUUGUCCGGUUUUCUGGUGAUACUAGAAAACAUGCGACAGCCCAGUUAUUUGCAUGGGAUGCGCAUGAGAAAGGUGUUGAUGUCCAUUUACUAGCCGAACCAACUAAACUCGAGAAGUUGAGAACAGAGUAUGAGGCGAAGAAAGACGAGUUCAAGCAUCAAAUUCAAAAAAGUGUGUUGGAAAAGUAUGGUGGAGAAGAACACCUAAAUGCCCCUCCCAAGGAAUUGUUAUUAGCGCAGACAGAAAACUACGUCGAAUUUUCCCGAGCUGGUACCAUCAUCAAAGGUCAAAAGGAAUCGAUUCCCAAAUCUAGGUAUGAAGAGGAUGUUUACAUCAACAAUCAUACCUCUGUAUGGGGCUCAUACUGGCAUGAUUUUGAGUGGGGUUAUGCCUGUUGCCAUUCCUUCAUCAAGAAUUCAUAUUGUGUCGGCGAAGCUGGUAAAAGUACGCCCCAAGUUGUGCCAGGAGAAAGUGAGGCAAAGCCCACCACCUCUUCCACCACAACUCCUCUCUCAAAAUCUUUCUUUGCGAAAUCAUCGUCACCCCCGCCGUCCGAAGCUGAGGAGCCUGGAAAAUCGGAGCCGGCUGAAUCGAGUUCAGAAGAGUCAAGUUCAAGCUCAUCCGAAUCGUCUGAUUCUGAUAGUGAGGAGGAAAAGAAACGGAAGCGGAAGAAAGACAAAAAGAGGAAGAAGAAGAAGGAGCUAAAGAAAAAGAAGCGUGAAGCGAAGAAGUUGCAGAAAAAAUUGAAGAAGCUGGAGAAACGAGGUGGCGACGAGAAACUGAAGGCUGCGUUGAAAGCGGAAGCUGAUUCUCAGCGAGAUGCAGAUAGGAUGAUGAAACUGGACGAAAGAAAGAGGCCUUACAACAGUAUGUUCGAAGUCAAGAAACCAACCGAUGAAGAAAUGGAAGCCUACUACAUCAAGAAGAAACGAGAUGAGGAUCCCAUGGCACAAUUUUUGUAGGCUCAGUUUAAAGUGAGAAAAAUAUUUAUGUGCAUCUCCUCUUAACAUUUCGUGUAGGGCUCAUUUUAAAUUUUUUCUGUUUUGUUAAUUUUUUAGUUAAGCUUACUGUACAUCUGAACCACUGUAAUACUUAUUUGUACAUUUGUUUGUAAAUAUCAUGAUCAUGUAUUCGACAUGGUUCUCAGGUUUUGUAUGUCAAAUAAUUAAAUUAGACACUGAAUCUCUCUGAAAAUUAAGCAUAGUAAUUUCUGUUCCUCACUGACAGUAAAUCACUGACUGCUGUUUGUCCUAAUUUAUGGUGAAGGAAAUUCACUCAACUCCAAUCCCUUUCCAUAAUUUGUUCUUGAAGGGAAAAAAUGCUCAGCUCCAUGCCAAUACCAUGCUAUUCGCCUAUUUGCUACUCUCAAUGUCCUCUUGAUACAUUCUGUCAUGCCUCACUAUUACUUACAUCUCAAAUGUUGAACCUCUCAAUAGUUUAACUUUCCAAACCGAACAGUGUGAACGCAUUCUCCUGUAUUUUCUAGGUAAUGUCAAUUGCUUACUCCACUGCUUUUAAUUUUGAGAGAACAAUUUUAGUUGAAUCUUCUCAAUACUGAUAUAAUUCAUUUGACUGAUUGGACGCAAGCAUUAUUCAUUGUCAGUCCACUUAAUUUUAAGAUCACCUUGUGAUAUUUUGUCGUUUCCCCCACUAAAGAAUGUAACUACAAUGCGAUGUUGCCAAAUUUCUCCUCGCAAAUUGCAAUUUAACUGUAGAAUAUUGAGCACAUCUAACUCAAAAUUUUAUUGAUUUUUCAUCUGAUAUCAUGAUAAAAUCAGAAAAAUGUUGGACAAAAAUCGCCCAAGUACACUCUUGUAAAUAAUCAAAUUGUUUGAGUCAAUUUUGCAAUCUUGGAAUGGAGUUACUUUCCUUCGUAGGGGAAACGAUGAUUUGACAACGUACUUUUCCAGCCCUGUGGACAGAAAAGACAUUAGUUAGAACUAGGGAAAGAAAAGAGGAGACAAAUGUCACAUCAGAGAAGAGCAUCGUUCAACAUACAUUAUGUGGUAACUAAUGGGCCACCUGAUGAUUGAUGCAUUCUGGUUGAUGUGACAUUUGUCUCUCCUUUUCUUUCCUCAGCUCUAUCUGUAUCAUUCGUGUACAUAAAUUUUGAUUCUUAUGGUAUUAUGAAUACGCAGCUAUUUUUAUAUUCAUGAGAAUAUUCAAAUAUCUAAGCAUUCUUUUUUUUUCUCACGUAAAUUUCAAAUAAAAGUUGACUUAUUUUUUUGUUAAA